GCGAAAUACAUCCACGUAACGCAGGCGUGCUUUUAUUUGGAUUUCAGUCGAAUUCCAUCAUUAAAUCACCACAAAACAGUAAUGUCGAGUUAAAGAGGACAUUUUCCCAUCACCUUGUCAUAAUUAUUGCUAAGGAAACAAUUCAUACGAUCAGGAUGAAGGCUUUAAGUCUUCUUCUGAUCGCGGCGUUUGGGCUAAGUGGGAGUUUGGCCGUCGAUAGAAACAACUUCAAAACCUGCGAACAGUCAGGUUUUUGCAAGCGUCUCCGAGGAUUUAAACCCGAAAAAUCUCAGUAUGCUUUAAAUGUGGAUAGUGUUUUUGUUCACGGCAACGUUCUCUCGGCGGAAGUGUUCACUGUUGACCAUGAUGAUGACAAAAAAAAUAUUCUGUGGCGCUACGCCCUGCGGCUGUCCGCGCUUGCAGAUGGCACCUUCCGAGUGGAAAUGGAUGAGGCGGAACCCCUGUACCCUCGGUAUAGGACUCAGAUUGCCCUCGAGGGUGAACCGAAGGGUGAUGGAUUAAAAUUGAUCUCAAACGAGAAUGGCAAGUUGACCCUUUCCAACACUCAGGGUCACAAAGUGGUGAUAACAAUAGAACCGUUGAAGAUCGAGUUUGUCGACCAUACGGGUGAAGUGGCUGUUGUGUUGAACGAGAACUCGCAGUUGGUGGUUGAGCCACUUAGGGUGAGGAGAGAGAAGAUUGGUGAUGACGAUGAACAGGGGAAUAUUGUUGAAGAGGAGGAAGGCGCUUGGAGUGAGAACUUUAAAGGGCAUCACGACAGCAAGCCUCGCGGCAACGAAGCAAUUUCGCUCGACGUAUCCUUCCCAGGGGCCAACCAUGUUUACGGUAUACCGGAGCACACAGACAACUUUUACCUCAAGACGACCACGUCCGGCGAGCCCUACCGUCUCUACAACCUCGACGUGUUCGAAUACGAACUGGACAGUCCCAUGGCCAUAUACGGGGCAGUUCCUGUUCUGUAUUCACACAGUUCAAAGCGCUCCUCUGGCGUAUUCUGGCACAACUCCGCGGAGACCUGGGUCGACGUAGUGAACUUCAGCGAGAGUACCGUGGUCUCCUCACUAGUCAAUUUCAUGACGGGUGGACAAAAGCAACGCGUUGAUGCGAGAUUCAUGAGUGAGUCCGGCAUUGUGGACGUAUUCGUGCUACUGGGUGAGAAGCCGGCAGACGUGUUCCGGCAAUACACCAUCCUCACUGGAGUCGCGCCAAUACCACCCAAAUUCUCACUGGCAUACCACCAAUCUCGAUGGAACUAUAUGGACGAAGUUGACUUAAGGACAGUUGAUGAGGGAUUCGACGAGCAUGACAUCCCCGCCGAUGCUCUAUGGCUGGACAUUGAAUACACCGACAAAAAGAAAUACUUCACAUGGGACGCGGAAAAAUUCAGGCAUCCCACUGAGAUGGUUUCCAAUCUCACUGCCAAGGGUCGCAAGCUAGUUGUCAUCAUAGAUCCCCACAUCAAACGGGAGGCGGGCUACUUCGUCCACGAGGAUUGCACCGCGAAAGACUAUUACGUUAAGAACAAAGAGGGCAGAGAUUACGAGGGUUGGUGCUGGCCCGGAUCUUCCUCGUACCCGGAUUUCUUCAACCCGGAAGUUACACAGUACUACAUCGAGCGGUACAAGUUCGAGAACUUCCCCGGGACGAGCAAGGAUGUUCACAUAUGGAACGACAUGAAUGAGCCUAGCGUUUUCAACGGUCCCGAAAUAACAAUGCCAAAGGAUUGCCGGCAUUGGAAGCCGCGUAACAAGGAGGAUUCCGGCCUCGCCUCUUACUGGGAACACAGGCACGUUCACAACGAGUACGGGCAAUGGUACAUCCGAGCGACGCAUGAAGGCAUGCUUGCGAGAAGCGACAAUAAGUAUAGACCUUUCAUACUGACGAGAUCUACCUUCGCCGGUACGCAACGUUAUGCAGCUGUCUGGACCGGGGACAACGCUGCCGAGUGGGGUUUCCUGCAGGCCUCUGUACCCAUGUGUAUAUCUCUUGCCACGGCCGGUAUCAGUUUCUGCGGAUCCGACGUUGGUGGCUUCUUCAAGUACCCUGAGGCUGAGCUCAUGACGCGGUGGUAUCAGGCUGGCGCAUACCAAGCGUUCUUCCGAGCGCACUCCCACAUCGAGACAAAGCGUCGCGAGCCGUGGCUCUACGAUGCUACUACAAUUUCCAGGAUACGAGACGCCGUACGACGGAGAUACGCUCUGUUGGACUUCUGGUACACAUUAUUCUACGAGCACAGUAUCGACGGCUUGCCUGUGACCCGCCCCUUAUUCCAGGAGUUCCCCAAGGAAGAGGCAACAUUCACCAUCGACAAUCAGUACUUGUUAGGUGAUAAGCUGCUCAUCAGACCAGUGUUGGAGGAAGGUGUUACCAGCGUUAAAGUGUACCUCCCGGGCAAGGAAUCCGGCACCCUGUGGUACGACGUCGACUCUUACCACGCAGUCGCGGCGAAUGGAUGGAUCAAUUUGGAUGUCACUAUCACUAAGAUCCCGGUGUACCAGCGGGGUGGUACGAUCGUACCGCGCAAGGAGCGAGUACGCCGUGCGUCGUCACUCAUGGCCAAUGACCCUUACACUCUGGUCGUAGCACUGGACUCUAACAACACCGCCCACGGCACCGUGUACAUAGACGAUGGCGAGACUUUCGACUACAAGUCGAACAAGUACAUCUACGGUAGUUUCGACUACCAACCCGCUGCCAUCACAUAUAAGUUCAUAAACAAAGAUGCAAACUACCCAACGCGUUCCUGGGUGGAACGUAUAGUGAUUGCUGGCAUCAAAAACGCCCCCAAAGCCGCCAAGCUAGUCCAGGGGGGUAAACAGACCCCCCUCCAGAUGACCCUCCACAGGGGGAACGAUGUACUUGUAGUGCGGAAGCCCGGCGCCUCUAUGGCGAAACCGUGGGAAAUAUUGUUCACGUAUUAAAUUUCAAGAGUUUUAGUCUAGGAGUCGGUGAAUGUUUAUUGCAUUGUGUUGCGACAGAUUUUUUGUGUGCGAUAUAAUAUCCGAGGGAGCUUGCGACAUUAAGAUCAUAAUGUAGUGCCUUAUAAUGACACUGGACCUCUUAAAGUAAAGACAGGUGUGCUCUUGUGAGUCGAAUAUGCAACUUGUGAUUAUAAAACUGCAUUGGUGUCUUAAUAUGUCACAAAAUGUAUUUUGUGCAAUAGUUUAACUAAAAACAUACACUAAAAUUAUAUAUUAAACAAAAUGAUGAAUUAAAAUAUGAUUGUAACUAUCUUGAAAUGUUCCUCGCUUGCUUAAUACAAUAAAUCUAAAUUCAAAA